ACGUGUAACGACCCGACUCCCAAAAUCUACUGCAUGCGCAUCUUCGCGCCCGACGAAGUUGUCGCCAAGUCGCGCUUCUGGUACUUCCUUAGAAGGUCAAAUGAAAUCAUCGGCGUCAACGUUGUGUAUUUUGAUCCCUUGCAGCUGGCCCGGUCCACCUGGCCUUCUAAUGUCGAGUCCUGUAUUUGGCUUCGCUACAACUCGCAUUCCGGAACGUACAACAUGUACGAGGGGUUCCGUGAGCUCUCGAGCGCCCACGCCGUCAAAAGACUCUACUACGACACGUAUGGCACCGUGCCCGUUUUUCUAGACGAUUCACGUCUUCCCUUCAUUGGGCUACAGAAAUCCAACGAUGUCCGCAGGCCGUGCAUAAAGCAUCUUCUCCAGCCCAACCUCAAGCUCCCUCUCCCCCACCGCGUGGCCAAGUCGAAGUCGAAGUUCGUUGCUCAGCGACCAACGACGUUCUGA